AAAGAAAGAAUCAAAGAUCAUAAUGGUCAACAAGUGGAGGCCACGCGCCAAAGUAACGCGUCGGUCGAAUCUAAUGAUCACUCUCUCAAAUCUCAAUCUCCUAGAAACAAAGAAAACAAGAAAAACAGAUAAAAAUUAUAAAGAAUCUUCUUCUCAAGUCUCUUCACAAGUCUUUGUGCCUCAAAAUCAAUAAUAUCUCUCUCUUUGCAUCUUCCUCGUUCAUCAUCAUUGCGUUUCCUUCCUCCUGUUUUUAUUACAUAGUGGUUUGAGAGACCAUCAAGACUACUACUACUGAAUACAAGAAGAGAUUCAAGAUUUGAGACUCUUCUCUCUCUCUUUUUGAGGAUGAGAGAGGAAGAUUCCAAUUGGUUCUCUAAAUGGGAAGAAGAGCUUCCGUCCCCGGAAGAGCUCAUACCAUUAUCUCAGUCCUUAAUCACUCCUGAUCUCGCCAUCGCCUUCGAUCUCCACCGUCGCAACACCGAAAACUCCCCUCAAACUCUACCUCAAACCACGCUGCCACAACCCAAUUCCUCUGCUGAAUUCGCCGGAGACUCCAACGGAGACGAGCCAGCAAGAACUCUGAAACGUCCACGUUUAGUGUGGACGCCGCAGCUGCACAAGCGUUUCGUCGACGCCGUGGCUCACCUCGGGAUCAAGAACGCUGUUCCUAAAACCAUCAUGCAGCUUAUGAGCGUCGAUGGUUUGACAAGAGAAAACGUAGCUAGCCAUUUGCAAAAAUACAGGCUUUACCUGAAAAGAAUGCAAUCCGGCGGCGGUGGAAGCGGCGUGGGAGGAACCGUCGGUGAGUCCGAUCAUCUCUUUGCUAGCUCACCUGUUCCUCCACAUUUCCUUCUUCCGACAAGUAGACAAAGCUCCGACCAUUUCAUACCGUCUUUUGUCCCAAUUUCGACUCAGCAUCCAGCAGCUCAUCUGCAACAACCGUCUCAGUUUCUCCACCGACAAAUCUCCGCUGCCAAUUUCACUUCACCGACCAAAGCGACCGACCAAGCAAUGUUCUUGGCAAGGCAGAGUCAACAGCAACCAGUUUUCAGACCAGCUUCAUUGCAUGUGCAUAGUCAAGUGGCUAACUACACACAAGAUUUGGAAUUAGAAGCCAAAACGGUCUUGACUCUGUUUCCAACUCGAGACGAUUGAAUAUAUAUUAUUGAACAUUCACAAAUCCGAGCUCUGCUUUUUUUUUUUUUUUUUUUUUUUUUUUUUGGUCUUUGCUCUGUGACCAGAUCUUCCAAAGUGUUUCUACAAUCCUCUGGUCUCCUCCUAAGAAGAUUUGAGUUUUACUCUUGUAAAAUUCUGAAGUACCUAAAAAGAAGUGAUCUUUUUCACUUGUUUAGAUUUGAUUACACAAACUACUUUAUUGUGUUUUUUUCUU